CCCCGGGCGCCCCGCCCCGCCUCGGCCGCCCGCGGGCUCGGGGCGGGGGCCGGGCCGUGAUAAGCGCUGCCGAGGGCCGCCCCACCUGUUCGUGCGGCGGCCCCGAGUCCGGAUCGUCGCUGCCAUGGCAGGAAGAAAGGCCCUGAUUGUGUUGGCACAUGAGGAGACGACCUCCUUCAAUCAUGCCAUGAAAGAUGCUGCUGUGGACGCGCUGCAGAAGAGAGGCUGGAGUGUCACCGUUUCUGACCUAUGCAAGAUGAAGUUUAACCCUGUGCCAUCACGGGAGGACAUCACUGGUAAGCCAAAAGACCCCAACAACUUCAAGUAUGGCCCUGAGACAGGCUCGGCAUGGGCAGAAGGUCGGCUGAGCAGCGACAUUGUAGCAGAACAGAAGAAGCUCGAAGCUGCAGACCUUCUGAUAUUCCAGUUCCCCCUCUACUGGUUCAGUGUGCCUGCGAUCCUGAAGGGCUGGUUUGAACGUGUUUUCACACAAGGAUUUGCCUACUCCCUUACCAAGAUGUAUGGCAGUGGGCCCUUUCAGAAAAAGAAGGCUGUGCUCUCCUUCACCACGGGCGGGACUGGCCCCAUGUACACUCCCGCGGGCAUCAACGGAGACAUCAACAUCCUCCUUUGGCCACUGCAGAGUGGCAUACUCCAUUUCUGUGGCUUCCAAGUCUUGGAGCCCCAAAUUGCCUACAGCAUUAGUCACGCUCCUGAGGAUGCCCGUUUGCAGAUCCUGGAGGACUGGAAGAAGCGACUGGCAGCUAUCUGGGAAGAGAAACCCAUCAGUUUUGUUCCAGAUAGCAACUUUGAUCUAAGCCACGUGGGGGGCUUUGUGCUGAAACAGGAGGUGCAGGACCGCCAGAAAGCUCAGAAAUAUGGGUUGAGCAUGGGACAGCACCUGGGGAAGGCCAUCCCACCUGACAGCCAGGUCAAAGCCCAGAAGAAAUAGCUUCCUCUGGUGGGCUCCUAUCUGGUCUCUAUCACUGUGUGGUGCUGCCAUGGUGAGGAGAGCAUUUCUUCUCUUCCCACCUCUUCUUCGGGGGGGGGGGGGGGCGCGGGUGCCUCUUGCUAGCUACUCCUACCGACUCAGGGAGGAGUCAGAGCCAUACCUCCUCCGGUCAGGUAGCGUAAUUAACCUACUAGGUUCCAAUAGCAUCAGAUUGGGAUGAGUUGGGAACCGUGCCUCCCUAUGAUUAUGUGGUGCUUGCUGUUCACAACCCUGGUGGCCUUGGUAUCGUACAUUCUAAGCUCUCUGCUCAUGUAUAACACAAGGAGUCUAAAUAAAGACGUUUCCUAUUGUAA